GCGCUCAUCGAGGACGGACGCGUCUUCAGCGAGAUAUUCCCCGUCCGAUUCGACGAGGUGGGGCCGGACAAGGCGUGCACCAUGAGGACGGUGGCGUCCAUGAUGCAGGAGUGCGCGUGCAAUCAUAUCCAGGCCAUGUGGGGCAAGGGCCAGUCCUCCCCGGCGGAGAUGCGGAGCAACAACCAGGCGUUCGUUUGCACGCAGAUGCACAUAGAGGUGCACGAGUACCCGCGUUGGGGCGACGAGGUGGAGGUCAAGACCUGGGUCGAGGUGGAGCGGAGCGUGUCGGCGCGGAGAGACUUCGAGCUCGUGCUGUGCGAUGGACCGGAGGGGACGUGCCGGGCGGUGGGCGCGGCGACCAGCAGAUGGGUCGCGUUCGACGUCGCCAAGCGCCGAAUGGUUCGAAUUCCCAAGAAAACCACAGAGGAUGUGACAAACUAUCACGCGCUCCUCAACAACUACAUCAUGGGCGAGGACUACGUCAUGCCCAAGCUCCUGGACGUCAGGAACACCAACCUGCCGCUGUCCCAGCCCAAGGCGUUCACCGGCGACCGUUUGGACCUGGACAUGAACGGUCACGUCAACAACGUCGUGUACACCGAGUGGAUACUCGAAUCCGUCCCGGUUGACAUGUGGACCGACUACCAGCUGUGCGAGCUCGACAUCGAGUUCAAGAGCGAGUGCGGCUACGGAGACGUCAUCGCCGCGGUGA